AUGCGAAUCCUUCCCACCUUCGACAGACAGGUGCAGGCAACACCCCGCCGAACCAGUUCGAAGAUCCUGCUAAGUCGCCUUUCAGGAAUUCAAUUUGCACUUAAUCUUGCUGUUUUUGUUUAUUGUGCCAAUUUGCACUUGAUUAAAGUAAUUAUCAUGGACUUGUCGUUGGUUGAAUCUACGAGUUGUCGUAGGUUAAAUUUUGAUGUAAACGAAGAUUGUCGGGAUAAUGAGUUUGAUGUUAUUGAUGAGGGUACAGACUCUACCAUGUUAUUGAUGAAUUCUGACACAUCUAUCAUAGAAGAAUUGAUGCCAAAAAUCGGAAAAAGGGGAAAAGACAAACGAGAUGUUUAUGUGAAAUCUCAUCGUCCUGAAACAAGGUUUGGUUGUGAGGCUAAAAUGAAGAUUAGUUGUCGAAAAAAUGGCAAAUUGAGUGUGGAGCAAUUUGUUAAAGAGCAUAAUCAUUAUCUUUCAAGUCCAAACAAAACUCAUCUCUACAGAAGUCAUAGAAAUAUUUCUUCUUCUGCUGCAAUACAAAUUGAGAUGGCAAGUGAUGUGGGAAUCCCCCCAAAAGCAUCUCAUGAUCUUAUGGUGAAACAAGUUGGUGGGAGGGAUAAUUUAGGUUUUAUUCCGCAAGAUUACAACAACUACUUGCGAUCCAAAAGAACAAGAAAUAUUAGAGUUGGUGAUACAGGAGUUGAUGAAGAUGAUUUGAUAACUAAUAUUUUUUGGUGUGAUGCUAAGAUGAGAGCUGAUUAUGGCAAUUUUGGAGAUGUUGUUUGCUUUGACACAACAUACAGGAAGAACAAUGAAGGUCGUCCAAUUGCGUUGUUUGUGGGUGUUAAUCAUCAUAAGCAGUCCAUAAUUUUUGGUGCAGCUUUAUUAUAUGAUGAAACAUCUUUGACAUUCGAGUGGUUGUUUGAUACAUUUACUAAAGCUAUGUGUGAAAAAAAACCAAUAACUAUUCUUACAGAUCAAGAUGCAGCAAUGGCAAAGGCUUUGACUUCCAAAUGA